AUGACAUUCCAAGUGAAGGGUACAGCAUUUAUCACUGGCGGAGGCUCAGGCAUCGGCAAGGCCACGGCAAUCACCUUAGCCGAGAAUGGCAUUAGCGCACUUGCUCUUGUUGAUUUAAACUUGAUCGUCCUUGAAGCGACGCGCGAUGAGAUAAAGGCUCGUUACCCACAUGUUCAAGGUAAAAUAUUUAAAACCAAUGUCGCAGAGGAGGAAUCUGUGGAGGACGCUGUAUGCAAGACUGUGGAGCUAUUUGGUAGUAUUGAUAUUGGAAUUAAUUGUGCUGGUAUCAGUGGUACUCCAACGCCGACUCAUCUCAUGUCUUUGUUGGAAUGGCAAAAAGUAAUCGAUGUUAACCAAACUGGCGUGUGGCUUUGCCAGAGGGCAUUGAUUAGACAAAUGUUGAAGCAAGAAUCUAAAGGCAUCCGAGAGGGUCGUGGGCUAAUCGUUAAUGUCUCGUCGAUGUUCGGGGUUGGUGGUCCUCCAGGUCCAUUUAGGAUCCCGCAUUAUACGGCUGCAAAGCAUGGAAUUUUAAUCAAUGCCAUAUGCCCCGGAUUUGUUGACACGCCCAUCAUUGGUGAACAAAUCAAGUCAGGGUCAAUGAAUCCGCAGUUUGAAAUGACGCCGAUUGGGCGACCGGCUCAGGUGGAGGAGAUUUCCGAUGUUCUUCUUUUCCUUUCAUCUCCAGGGAGCAGCUACAUGUGCGGUGCUGCUCUGGUGGCCGACGGCGGAUACACCGUCUAG